AUGGUGCUGCUGGGACUGCUCGCGAUUCUGGUGGUCUCCCAGCGACCGCAGGCGCUCGGCCUGCGGGCAAGCCGAACAGAAGAGAAGUGGGAGUUCAAGGGUGUCGAGAUGCACUCUGGGGACAAGUUCUUCGAUAAGUUGUUCAACAAGACGCUUGGCGAGUGCGUGAAUGCAGUGGCGACCAACCCACAGAUGCGAGGCCGGUGCUAUGAUCAGUUGUAUACGAGGGAGAUCAAGUGCCUGAAUUUGCGCAAGGGCCAGGAGUCUCCGAGCUGCGAGCAGACGCUGAAGUGCCUCAAGGGCGAGCCCAUCCCGGUGGAAGUCGAGCCCUGCGAAUGGCUGUGUCAGGGCGGCGGGGAGAAGCAGAAGGCCAUCAAGGCCAACUGCUCCAAGGCCUACGAGCAGUACAGACGCUGGAAAGAGAGCUGCGAUGAUGAAGAACACUUGAACGAGACCAUCGAGAUCAUGGAGACGGUGAAUCACCUCACCCAGCAGUGCGCGGAGGCGACCACCAGCACCACCACAGCUCCACCGCGGCACCUCUACUGCUGGGUGCUGGUGGUUCCGUGGACAUACGAAGUGGAGCUGCUGCUGACACAACAAAAGAUUGGCAGAGGCAUUUUCGAGUGCGACUACUACGAUGUCUACUCAGAUAGGGAUAUGCAGUUGGGGAAGAUCCAGACCAUCAAGGUGGACACAGAUCUGCACUGCCCGAUCAACAAGUACACACUCACCGCAGAGAACACCGGCAUCUUUCGGGCUGUGUGGAAGAAGGUCUUGGACCGGGGCACCUGGCAGAAGUACGACUGGACCGUGAAGGUGGACUUGGACACCGUGUUCUGGCCCCAGAGGUUGAUCCAAAUGGUGCAGGAGCCCUUCAUCCGGCAGCAUGCGCAGACGGGCACGGGGCUGUGGCUGAAUAACUGCGUCCACGGGCUCCACGGGCCCAUCGAGGUCCUGUCACGGCAGGCCAUGCAGAUCUACAUCUCGCGAUGGAACGACUGCCAAAAUGUCGCGAACCACGUGCCGCAGGAGGAUGUGUAUUUGCGGAAGUGCAUGGACCACCUGGGAGUGUGGAAGAGCGACAACUACAUACUCUUAGCGGAGGACCACUGCGAUCACUCGGACUACUACAAGUGUGAGGGCAACUUUGUCGCCUAUCACCCCUUCAAGGCCAAGGACCAGUGGCUGGAGUGCCGGCAGAAAGGAUGA